AUUAUUUGAAUAUAAGAAGUAUCGUGUUCCUCGACUUUGUUUCCUCGACCCAUGCAAAAACUACAGAAACAGGCAUAGACAGUGCAUGUUAUCAUGGGAUGCGGAUCUUCUCGGAGUUACCCUUAUGAGGUCAGUCAGCAAUGGGAAUCCGUAGAGAAAACCAUCGAGUCGAGGGGUCGACAGAAUCGGGUCACCAUCAGACGAUCGGGCUGGAAGACUGUAAGAGUAUUUGUGUCAUCCACAUUCCGUGACUUUCAUUCAGAGCGGGAUGUCUUGGUCAAAGAGGUGUUUCCUGACUUACGAGAGUGGUGUGAGAAGAGGAGGUUACAUCUUGUAGAAUGUGAUCUGAGAUGGGGAGUACCGAAAGAUACUACAACUGAAGAGACUCUUAGGACAUGUCUGAGCGAGAUCGAUAGAUGCUAUCAAGAAAACAUCAUGCCUUUCUUUCUUAAUAUGACCAGUGAAAGAUGCGGAUGGAUCCCAGGUUUAGAGGAAGUUCCAUCGAGUGUGGUGAGCGAUUAUCGUUGGAUUCAUGGCUUGUCGAUCACAGAGAUGGAGAUCAUGCAUGGUGCCUAUCGCAAAGAAAAUCCAAACUCCCUGUUUGCCUUGAGAGAUGAGUCUUUCAUCAGUGAGAUACCUGAGAAAUAUAAACAGGAAUUUGUUGAUAGCAACCCCAUAGCAACCCAUAAACUCAAGAUGCUCAAGGAGAUGCUGCAGAAUAGAUUUGGGUUCGAUAGAGUCUUCAAGUAUUCAUGUUCAUACAAUGGGAUCGAUAUUGAUACUGGUAAGGUCGAUCUUGGAGAUCUGGACGAAUUCAAGGUCAAGGUGUUUGAUUUCUUCAAGAAGGCUAUCGGAGAACAGUAUCCCCUUGAUGAGAGUAGACAGUUAGAUCCCUAUGAACAGGACAAGGAAGCUCAUGAAUCCUUCAUGAAGAGCAGAAGCAGCAUCCUCCUAGGACGGAAGGAUAUCUUAGAAAAGAUUGAAUCAUAUAUCAUGGACAAAGAGAAAUGCAGUGCUCUCAUUCUUCUUGGUGGACCAGGGAGCGGAAAGUCUUCUCUCCUAGCUCGCGUUGCCGAUGUAGCAUGCCUUAGGGUUGCCAAGGGAGAUAUACCAAGUGGACAGGGACCAUGGAACAUAUUCUAUCACUUUGUAGGGGCCAUCCCUGGAUCCACAAACCCAGAGAAAAUGAUCAAACGACUCUUGAGAGAACUUAAAGUCUGCAAUGAUUCUAACAUGCCGAAGGAUUACGAAUCAGCAUGUCAGAUUGCUAGCAGCACCCUCUCAAACCCAAACACCAAGCCAACUAUUAUUGUCAUUGAUGCCCUAAAUCAGCUUGAUGAAGACAGAACUGCUUCCACGUUGAGAUGGUUGCCGUCUAAGUUAGCACCUCAGGUUCGUUGCGUCUUCUCUAUGAUCAAUGAGACACCACCUCAUCGUAUGCUGAAAGAGAGAAAGAACAAACCAGUAGAACUACCUGUUACUCCACUUGAUAUGGAAUCUAGAAGGGAGAUUGUCUCCGAGAUCCUUGGGAAGUUCAACAAGCGUCUUGAUGAAGAACAGAUGAUAAGCCUUCUCAGCAAGGAAGCAUCCCAGAAUCCUCUCUGGUUGUCCAUCGCUUGUGAAGAGCUCAGAGUCUACGGUGUCUUCGCCAAGGUCACAGACAAGAUCAACACCCUAGCAGAUGGUCUCCUAGAGCUCCUGGCCCAAGUCCUGGAGAGAUUUGAAGACGAAAGUGGAGGGAGUCUGAUGGUAGCGACCCUUUGUCUUCUGGAAUGCUCCUCAUCUGGUCUCCUGGAAGCGGAACUCUUGGCCAUUCUUGGAGAUGAAGAUAACCUUAUGCCUUCAGAUGAUGGAGAGAACAACAAAGAAAAGGGUGCAAGUGAAAAGAAGGAGAAAUCCAACAAGCUCCAACCCCUACCUGCCGUAAAAUGGGCCCAGGUUUACCGUGCCCUACGACCUUUCCUGCGACCUUUCGGGGAUAGCGGGGAAGGACGUCUCGACUUCUAUCACCGCUCCCUGAGCAAGGCCAUCAGGAAGAAGUAUUUCAAUGCCCGGCUGGCUGGGGAGGGGGACGAGGAUGAAGACGGUGGUGCAGCAAUGAACGAAACCCUGCUAAGAUGGUGGAACACUAAGCUUGCCGAUUACUUUGAAAAUGUCUCCAAUAUUGAGAGGAAAGUGGAGGAAUACCCAUACCAGUUAAUCAAGCUUGGAGACAAGAAGCGUUUGACAGAGUGCAUCUGUGAUUGGGAUAUGAUCGAGGGUCUGUAUGAUGAAGACUACAGCUCACAGCUGCUAUCUUACUGGAGAAAGAUGGAUGAGAAAUACGACACGAUGGCUUCUAAAUUCACAGAGAUGAGUGAAGGUAUGACAGGUGAUGAUCAUAAGAAUACUGCUGAUAAGCUUAGCUGUCUUGCACACAUUCUGACGCAAGCUGGUCAGUACAAAGCAGCGCAGGGUAUCAUCAAUAAGGUCCUAACUAUAGAGACUGAUGAAUUAGGUUCUCAACCUGAGAGACUGGUGGAGAUCUAUGAUCUCUGUGGUGAACUCUUUGAUGAGAUUGCUAAGCUUCAUGAUUUCAUCACAAGAGAACAGAUUUCUGAUCUAAGACCAGCCAUAGACUACUGCAGGAAAGCUGUCGCAAUCAGAGAAACGUUAGAAGGACCUUCUCAUAAGUUCAAAUUAGCAAACACGUUGAUGCGGCUGGCUUUCUCUCUGAAUACAUGGAUGGAAUGUGGAGGUGAUAACACACUCUUGCCCGCUGAAGCCUACGACGAAUCCAAGAAACACAUUGAAUCCUCCAUCCAGAUGUUCAAAGAGAUUGGAGACCUAGGAAAGGAGGCUGAAGCCAGUAUGACCAAAGCUAUUCUCUUUGAAAGGGGAAGUGAAGAACAGAAAGAGUGGUACCAAAUAUCUUUGGAACAAUGCCAGCAAGCUUUUGGAGAGAACUGUAAACUGAUGACGAGGAUAGUUAGUAAUACUGGUAUAUACUACGAAGACAUUCAGGAUUAUUACACAGCUCAUGAUUACUUUGUUAAAUGGCACCAGCUGUGUAUUGAGGUGUUUGGAGAGGGUCACCCUCGCACAAUAUCAGCCAAUAACUGCCUUAACGAGCCGCGGUACAAACAGAUCGCAAACGCCAAGGCUGUCACAGCACAGAUGCAGGAUACCAACAUCGAUGACGAGCUUUAUCAAGAAGGUGAUGAAGACGAUGAGGAUGACGAUGACAAUGAAUAUUAGGACGACCACCCGGGCAAUGUGGUAAUCGUAUCAUGAGACUCUUCCAUCAAUUUUGUAAAGUUUAUCAUGAUAUGAAGGAGAGUAUUUUUAUAUGUAAGUUGAUAUGCUAUAUUAUUUCAGACAAUAGUUGGGUAAUGUAUUGA